UCUUUUAUUAAUAAUAACUAAUCUUGUUUCACAAUAAAAAUUUGGUAGUAAAUUAAUGGUAUAAUGCAUAUUUUUUAAUGGUUUAAUGAUGUGUACGAGGUUGUGUUGCCAAAGUACGAGAUUUUGGACCAUGUCUGUACGAGGACAAGCCAUCGACGUCUGGCAACCCUGGAGUGUGCUGCUCUCAGCUAGAGUUAUACUAAUUCCUGAUUAUAAUCGUAGGGCUAUAAUCAUUAUUUUGUAUUUUCAUGUGCCGUAGAAGUUUUAUACUAUUAAAGAGAAAAUGUUUGCUACGCCUUUGAUAUAUGUCCUUUUACUACUACUAACUGAUAGUGUAUUUUCAAAGAGUGUUGAACUUACUUUCGAAUUACCAGAUAGCGCUGAAGAAUGUUUUUACCAAGACAUAGAAAAGGAUAUCUCAGCUUCCUUGGAAUACCAGGUUAUAACUGGUGGCCAAUAUGAUGUUGAUGUCAAAAUAGAAGGUCCUAAUAAGCAAAUAAUUUAUCAACAACAAAAUAUUGAUUCUCACCAAUUUACAGCCCAAUAUACAGGUGUAUAUAAGGUGUGUUUCAGUAAUGAGUUUAGUACAUUUUCCCAUAAACUUGUAUAUAUGGAACUUAAUGUUGGCCCUGAAUUGCCUCUGCCAGGUGUUGGUGACCAUGCUACUGUCCUUACACAGCUUGAGACAUCAGCAGAAGAAAUCCAUUCAGCUCUAAAUAGAAUAAUUGAUCAUCAAACCCACCAUCGAUUAAGGGAAGCUCAGGGUCGUAAAAGAGCAGAGGACUUAAAUGAAAGAGUAUUUUGGUGGUCCAUUGGAGAAACACUUGCAAUUUUCUGUGUAACAUUUGCACAAGUUAUGAUCUUGAAAAACUUCUUUAGUGAUCGACCAUCACUAUAUAAAUAAUUAUUAGUUUAAUAGGAUAUUUAAUAUAUUUCAUGUGGUAAUUAUGUGUACAAUAGUUUUAUUUUUAAAACCAAUGAACUUGAUUUAAAUAAUUUUAUGUUAUUGUAAUAUGUCACAAACAUACUGCAAUGUUAUUCAUGUUUUGUUAUAGAAAGCGCAAUUUAAAUUGUUUUCAUUAAAAUUUUAAAACUAU